UUGCCGAGUCUUUGUCAGGGCAAGCCAGGAACAGUCAUCCUCGUUUCUUCUGGAAAAAAGAAGCCAAUUGGAUCGCCUUUGCUGACGAAGGAACGUGGAAAUUGGACUAUCGGCAUCCGGGAGGGCUGCUGCAAAUUCGGCACUCCUGUCGGUGCACAGACAUAUCUUCAAGAAAAGUGCGCAGAUAGGGGCGACUAUGCUACUCCUAGCAAGUUUCAGGACAACCUCAGCAGCCUCCUCUCCAAGGGCGACUCCGCUGAUUACAGCAAAGGACCCAUUCACGGCUUUCACAACACAACGGAAGGUGAAGAUCCGGACAAAGUCUAUGGUCUCUUCCUCUGCAGAGGGGAUGUUGCUGCCAAUCUCUGUCAGUCUUGCAUCCUUUCAGCUAGCAGGAUGAUCAUAGAAAGAUGUCCAGGACAGAAAGAGGCAAUCAUAUGGUACGACGAGUGUCUCUUGCGCUACUCUUACAGAUUGUUCUUCUCUAUCAUGGAGACAACGCCGUUUCUUUUCAUUGUCGACCCUGCGGACGAUUCAGUUACCUUCAACAGGACUAUGGAGCAAACUUUUGAUAAUGAGAAGGACUUUGUGGCAGAAGUGACGGAUUUGUCGAGGAAUGUGACGGACUUGGUGAUCUUGUCAGAAAGCUUAUACGCAACCUUAAACGUUAGAGUCUCAAGUUCAGUGACCCUGCACGGGCUUGCACAGUGCACCCCCGAUAUAUCAAAAUCAGCUUGUAAGAGUUGCUUGCUUUCUGCUAUCGAAAAGUUUCCAACUGUUCUUAAUUAUCAAAGGGGAGGUGCCAGAGUUCUUCAGCCAAGUUGUAAUGUACGGUACGAACUGUAUCAUUUUGAUGGGGAAACUAGAGGGAAAACCAGCACUGGUUCCAGCAUUAAAGGGGAUCCAUGGAUUGCAAUAGUUAGCUCAGUAGUUGGAGCAGCGUUACUAAUAAUCAUUGUGGGUUCAUGUCUUUUUUUAAAGAGGACAAAGAGAUUGAAGAAAGAGAAGGAAAACAACCAAGAGGUUCAGUUACUUUAUCUACGACAAGAAAUUGGAGAAGAGUUUUCAAAGGAAAACUCUCGUGGACUGGCGGGUUCUCAAGAAUUAUCUCUGAUGCGAUUAGACAUCAUACGCGCAGCCACAGGAAACUUCUCCAAUGAAUGUAAACUUGGGGAAGGGGGGUUUGGCCCUGUGUACAGGGGCACAUUGGUAGAUGGAAAAGAAAUUGCAGUUAAGAGGCUUUCAAGAACCUCAGGCCAAGGACUCAUCGAGUUGAAGAACGAAGUCAUCUUGAUUGCCAGACUACAACACAGGAACCUCGUCCGAUUAUUGGGAUGCUGCUUGGAAGAAGAAGAAAAACUCUUGAUAUAUGAAUACUUGCCCAACAAAAGCCUGGAUGCCUUGCUUUUGAUUCGAAUAUAGGGCAAUAUCUAGAUUGGAAGCUACGCAUGAACAUCGCCUGUGGAGUAGCUCGGGGACUUCUCUAUCUGCAUGAGGAUUCUUGCCUGAAAAUUAUCCACAGGGAUCUGAAAGCUAGCAAUAUUUUGCUAGAUGGUGAGAUGAAUCCAAAGAUAUCCGAUUUUGGAAUGGCAAGGAUCUUCAGUGCAAAUCAAGACAAGGCAAACACAAACAGGGUUGUUGGAACCUAUGGAUACAUGGCACCGGAGUAUGCGAUGCAAGGACUUUUUCUGUAAAAUCAGACGUCUUCA